UACAUACAUUAUAGUAAAUGCACGUUAUUAUCAAUCAUUAUCUUUUACUAAUGUACACAUGUCAAGCUGUGCUCCUAAGAUGAGCUAAUACGUCUGAAUACAACUGGCUUGCCUGGUAGUCUAGCAUGGUGAGAGAGGGGAAGCACUCCAGGAAGCACGGCUCAAAUAUGGGAAGCUCCAAACCAUCUCCACACUGUUCUCUGGAGAAACACACACACAAAUAAAAAUCAGGUUAUGGAUUUAAGUCCUUUAUUUCUACUUAUAAAUAUCCAAUCGAUUGUCAUUUAAUCUAUUUCAUUAGCGGAGACAAAUUAGUUAAAUGCAUCGCUAACCGGAGGUCUGCAGUUUCCUCUACAUUUCUGAGAUUUGGGGGAAACUGUGGGCCAGAGGCUUCACCAGGCCCCCGAAUGGAGGGUCAGACACCAUGAUCACUUUCUCCCCAUUUCCCCCUCACUGAGGAAGGCUUGGACGACCCCGCUCGCUGCCUGUUUAAAAACAUUGCAUGGAAUUCAAUACUCAUAAAAAUAAGGAUCAAGCCUUUGGAUAAAAGGUAUUUUAAGACAAUCAUAAGGUUGAAACUUGAACCUCUUCUCUAAAGAAGUGGUGGUUGAACUCGUCAUAGAACGGAGCAUAAACAAGACUUCCACAUGACAUCUGCUAGUGCUUUCAUUAAAUCGUUGAUUCCGUGUAACGUAGGAUCACUAUGAGCAUGGAGGAUUAGGGUGGGACAACCACGGCAGCUGGCCUCCUCCUGUACUUAACAGGAAGUCCACUGGUUUGUAUGGGUGUGAUUAUACAUUUCCAAUCUUGUCAAGAUAAUCACUGAAGGGCACUUGAGCAACAGUAAGGCUCACUCACUCAUACACACAAACACACAGGACUCAGCUUGUUACUCGACACCACACCCUUGCUGGUGUUCAGUCUGACACAUUCCUUGCAGACACGCACAGAGAACGGAUGAGACAUAGGAACAGAGUGAGUAUAAACAUACAUACAGCUCAUAAACAUACAUUAGGCUAUACCAAUAUUGAUUCGUUUGGGAUUUUCGGGGACAGAACUGGCAAAUAACUAAUUUCCUUAAAGCUGCAGGAGGGUUAUGAUUAAAUAACAGAAGGCAUUGGUAAGUCAAGAAUUAAUUUCAAUGAAAUGCAUUGAGCUAUAUGAUGCAUUAAUCCAUUCUGCUAUCCUGCAAUUAGCCUAGCUAUCUGAAAUAUUUAUUUUACUAAGUUGUGGCAGUACCUGUAUUUUGAAAACUUUGACUAAGUUGUGCAAGGGUUUAUCAUAAUGGAGCCUGGAGAGCGCAGGAGUGUCAACAGACAAGCCUCUUGAGACUGCAGCAUAGCAGCCUCCUAAAACCAGAGAAACUAGCUCGCUUACCAAAUACAAUCACACAGCCAUCACAUUUGUUAGAUUGAAUUCGGAAUUCACCUCUAACUGUCAACCACAUCUUGAAUGAAGGAGAUGAUCAAAGCACAGUGGUAGGGAAUAGAUUUAAGUGUCUCUAAGUUUAUGUGACUGCCACUUUCUUAGCCAUGGCAGAUAAGGACCUAAUAACCGAUGACCAGAGACUGGACAUGUCCCCUGGCUCUUUGCUCUCAGUCCAGAGUGGUGCCAUGGAUCCCCCUGUAGAAUAUCAGGCAGUGCUACAGGAUGGCACGCUCUCACUGGUCCCCCUCGACAGUCACGCUACUGGAGAUGGGGUGGUUCAGCCAUACCCUCGCUCCCCAAAGCUGCUCCGCAAGGUGGCUGCAUCCAGAAAUCUCUCUGAGGAGCAGCUGUCCAGACGCCUGGAGGAACUGCAGUCAGAAAGAACCAGAACUAAGGCCCACAUUCAAUCUCUGAAGAAACGCAAGGCUGAUCUCUCUAGGAGCACAGAGGUGAUGAAGCACCAGGUGAGGGAGAGGGUCGAGGGCAUGAGGGCUGCCCUGCAGAGAGACCAGCAGGCCAUGGUGGACUCUCUGGAGCUGGACCGCAUAGAGACCAGCGCCAGACUAGACCAUGUCCUGAAGGGCUGGGACCAGCACCUAGGACUGGUCCAGAGGAGCAUCACCACUACCCAGAAAUCCCUGGGGCAGACUUGGACAGGGGGCGAUAAACAGAAUCUUCCUGACAAUCUCAGCCAUAAGAAGCCAGAUGCUUCCGAAGCAGAGAUCCGGCUGAACGAAGAGAGGUUUGAGAAGCUUCUGAAAACACUACGCUCCUUCUACAAGGACCUGAAGGCCCAGCUUCAGAGGAAGACACUGUUGCUGGAUUCUUUCCCAGUGAUGAUGGACAGGCAGACCUGCCAUAGCAAGAUCACAGUGACGGGAGAAGGACGAGGCAUGUGCUUCUCUGACUUCGCCCAGUCUUCUCCAGAGCACCCUCUCCAGUUUGACAAGGUCUGCUGUGCCCUGGGCUCUGUCGCCGUGACAACGGGCCAACGCUACUGGGAGGCCGACGUCCGCUGCUGCUCCGCCUGGGCUGUGGGCGUGGCCUACGGCUGCCUGGACAGGAAGGGGCGGGACAAAGGCGCCAAGCUGGGGCGCAACAGAAACUCGUGGUGUGUGGAGCUCAGGCAUGGCCGUCUCUCCGCCUGGCACAACGACAGGCACGUGUCGUGCUCCGCAAGCGGGCGAGGGGUGCCAGGUAGGGUGGGCGUGUGGGUGCACUACGAGAAGGGAAAGCUGGCGUUCUACGAUGCCGAGACUAUGAAGGUCCUGCAGGAGUUUUCUGCAGCCCUGACGACCGUGUUUGAUAGGGUGCAUCAUCAGUUCACUGAGCCCCUGUACCCUGCGUUCUGCUUCCUAAGACCAUCAGAGGGACAGGUGUGGCCCAGCCAUAUGGAGAUACGGGACAUCAACACUCCCAUAGCGAUCCAUAAAUGUCAAUAAGCAUUGUUCGAUACGCACAGUCAUGUACUAUUCAAAGUGUGUGCUCUACUCUCAAUUCAUUUCUAUGCCUGUUUUGUUCACUCAUAGCAAAUGUUCAUCUGAGCAAUGCAUUGUGUGACCUUGUCAAAUAAAACUGACUUGAAGUUUACAGUAGUUUACAGUAGCAGACUUUUCAUGG